CUUCCUCUGAGACCCGCGGACCAACAUGGCUACGUCGUCAAAGAAGACAUACGUGACUGAGACUUCAUCCCACAGGGAAUACAAGUAUUCCCAGGAAAUCUCCCAGAUGAUGUUUGUGUUCGGCGAGGUCCAGGAUCCCAACCCCGAGACCGUCAAUUUGGUUGAGCACAUCGUCCGCAGUCAGCUCAUCGAGCUCAUUGUUCAGGCCCGCUCGUUGGCGACCCGUCGUGGCGCGCGACACGUCUCCGCGGAGGACCUCAUCUUCCUCAUUCGCCACGACCGAGCCAAGGUCAAUCGUCUACGAACAUACCUUUCGUGGAAAGACGUGCGGAAGCAUGCGAAGGACUCUGAAGGUGGACCUGCUGAAGUUGAACAGCUUGAGGAUGGCGCGGAUGACAAGCUUACUGCCAAGGCCCAGAAGAUCACCAUCAAGCUUCCUUGGGAAAUCAUGACUAUCUUCGCGGAUGUCUUACCUGUUGAUGACGAAGAAGAUGAGGACGACAUCGAAGCACAUGAAGCAUCUAUCGCGCGAUUAAAGGAAGCGGACGAUGCGACUCGUCAAAUGACUCGUGAAGAGUACCAGCACUACUCCGACUGCCGUCAAGCAUCCUUCACAUACCGCAAAGCGAAACGUUUCAAGGAAUUCCUCAACCUCCCUCCCGCACUCGACUUCAAGACUGGGGACGAUACUGUCGACAUUGUCGGUUUCCUCGCUUUCGAGAUGGUCCGCGCUCUGACCAUUGCCGGCCUCGAGGUUAAGAAGUCCCUCGAGGAUGCGUACGUGCGAGACGCGCCGCAUGGUUCCGGAUCUUCCCCACUCCUUGGCAAGCGCAAGGCCCACCUCGGGGGCGCAGGCGACGCGAAACGUUUGCGUCUGGAGGAGAGCCCGGAGCACGACGCGGACCAGCCUCUGCCUGUAUGUGCGCUGUUCGCGCAGCCGCCGGAGGCAAGGACAGCGCUACGUCCCGAGCAUAUCCAAGACGCGUUUACGAGGAUGCAGGGCGAUUGGGAGCAGCGUCGUACAGCGGGCAUGCGCAAUUUCCGUGGCGGCCUUAUCCGGACUACCGUUAGCCUUAUCUAGGGCUUCAUCUCCCUUGCGGGUUGGGUACUUGCUCCGCCGAUCUGUUGUGUACGUGUAUUUUGUGCAUUGUUGAUCCCUCUAUGAUGUGUACAGGAUGGCGUAUCAUAUUGUAGCUGAAAUCGUCGAUACUCAGCGAAUGUGCUCUGUUGACGAUAUCACAAACCGUUAUCUCUCUGUUCAACGAUUUGAACGUCGGCUGCAAGGAUCAUUUGGUGUCGACAUGCACGCACCGCCUACUCACAACGCAAGGUCACGAGCCCUGCGAGCCUGUACCCUCAGGCUUGGUGGGAUAUCUAGAGGCGGUGUGGUAUCGGCAUCCAUGCCAUACCGUAUUUUUGUUCUUGCAGGCGUUGUCUCUAGAACAGAGAACGAAAGCGAUGGUUCCCGCGAAACUCCAAACUAGGCUCGUUCCUUGGCUGUGCUUCCGAUUGGCAGAAGCGCCAGAGUCGAUCAAGUGACUGCCGGAUGCGAUGCAUUCGGGCUCCGGGGAUGCAAUGUGAUCGUCGUCGCCACUCUCCCUACGCCCUCAUCCUACCUAUACCUCUUUGUCCAGCAUAUGUCGCUCAACGUGUCUUCGCCGUCUCCAACGCCAAUCACCGUUCUCGCGCGUCCUAGUCGCAUUAACGGCGCUCGCGAUCCUGCUCGCUCCUUCCCUGCGCUUCCUGAUGACUUACUAGUCUACAUCACCCCUUAUCUUAGCUACAGCGAGUUGCUCCGUCUCUCGCUGGCAUCGAGACACUUGCACUCUAUGAUGCCCCUCCAUCUCGCUCAGUUCGUUUGCAAGAACCCAGAGGACGUGAUGAAGCUAGGAGCUUACUUAUACUCCGAUAUCGGCAGCCGCGCUCCGUGUCUACACUCCUUUGCCCUCCACUUGGAUCAAUACCCACUUCGGUUUGGAAACCUCAGCAGAGAUCUUGGGGAUGGUAUCGUUGAUAUUGUUGCGGUAACGAAACAGCUCAGAUACCUCAGACUCGACUUCAGCGCAUCGCCAUCAAUCCCGAAUUGGUUCCACCACCAACCGCGUCUCAUCGAAGCUAUUGGCAGUCUGCCGUGCCUCACAUAUAUGUACCUGUCGAGACCCCUAUGGUCAGACAUCGCGAAUCCGUCCAUCUAUUCCAGCUGCCUACGGGAACUGCACCUCGUCGAUCGCUAUUCCGGGUGGUUUUCGGUUGCAGACUUAUCGCAGGCUCUCUCACGCGUGCAUACGCUUGAGACUAUCGUUUUACAACAUGUUUCUUUUCGAGCCACGGACCCAUUUGAUACGCGCCAACCCAGGCCAGUACACUCCUUGUCCUCUAUCCAAACAGUCACGCUAGCUGGGACUGAACUCUCAUACACCGUAUCUGUCAUUCUC